AUUUUUAGAACGUUGGCCACAAUCUUAGUCUUUUUAAAACCUCCUCCUUCAUUGUGAUUUCUCCCUUUGAAACUAGCCGUUACAUCUCUCCCCUCCAUCCCUCUCUCAUGGCUGCUUCACUUGACUCCCCAUCUCCUUCAGUCCACCUCAACAAGGAGUCGACAAGCUUCAUGGUCUCUUCACCUCUGUUCAGCCCUGCCUCGGACAGGCGUUUCUGGAGCGCUCUUCGAAGCCGGAUCGAUACGCUUCUUGAGCACCGCCAAGCCAAGGUUUCCGCAGGCCAAGAUCAACUCAAUCUUGGUCCAUCUUCAGCCACCCGUGUGAGUGUAGGAGAAUCUGAUCGAGCCAAGAGAAUGAAGGAGGACUCGUUGCUUUUGCUAAGAGGUUUUGACUCCGUCUCUCAAACUCUCUCUCAGCUCUCUAAUAAUCUGGACAACGCUCUUCAGGGAGCUAGAUGUCUAGCAGAACCACCCACAUUGAGGCAGAUAUUUCAUAGCAAUCUCAACAACUCAGAGACUAAACAAGAGGGUUCCAAAAAGGAACAGAAUGAAGAAAAAGAAGAGGAAGAAGGAAAUAACCCAGAGGAUCAAGGAAAUAAAGGAUCAAAAAGAAAGUUUGAUCAAACUGAUAGCUCAUUGCAUCAAGGAAAUAGUUCACGCAAGGGAAAUGAUCAGAGCCCAAAAGAUACGAAGCUAAAGAAAGCCAAAAAUUUGGCAGUUUCCAUGGCCACGAAAGCAGCUUCACUCGCAAGAGAACUGAAGUCAAUAAAAUCUGAGUUAUGUUUUAUGCAAGAGAGAUGUACUCUGCUCGAAGAAGAGAACAGGAGGCUUCGAGAUGGAUUCUCUGAAGGGAUCAGACAAGAGGAAGAUGAUCUGAUGAGGCUUCAAAUGGAGGCACUGUUUGCUGAAAAAUCCAGAUUAGCAAGUGAAAAUUCAAAUCUGAUUAGGGAAAACCAAUGCCUUCACCAACUGGUGGAGUAUCACCAACUCACUUCUCAAGAUCUCUCUUCAUCUUAUGAGCAACUCAUCCAUGGAAUGUGCUUAGACUUUUCUUCUCCAUCAUCAUCCAUAAAGGAAGAGGCAGAAAAUGCAGAUAAUAAGGAAGUUCCACAAACACCAAGAGCAAACAUUUUUGCCUUCGAUGCUUCUCUUGAUGAGUGCUUUCACAAAGAACGGCAGUAGGGUUGAUGCUAGACGAAAUCUGCAUAUGGUUUUGUCAAUAAAAUUGGGUUUUGGGUUUUAGGUGAUUUGUAAAUUUUUUUUGAUGUACUUCCAAGGAUGCUGUGAUAAUAAAGUAAACAAACAACAUUGAUGUUAUGUAAGAAUUCAUUUCUUUUCUUCUACAUUCUAAAUGAAAGGAGCAUUUCCAUCUA